GUUGUAGCGUUUGAGAUAAGGAAGACAUUUUGAAAUUGCAUACCAUUAUACAAGGUUUUAAAUAGGUUAGGAAAGGAAUAAUUCCAGUUAGUUGUGUGAUAAAAUUCAAGGAUAACAAGAUAUUGAAUAAGGACAAUUCUUAAACAAAUAUGAAGACAGACGUUAAUGAUCCGUGGUCUAGAGCAGAUGCAGAAAUCUUAGAGGAUACCGGUGGUGAUAAUUGUUUUGAGGAUUCAUUUGUAGAUAAAUCUUUAUAUGAGCAUGAAAAAUUAUCUGAUUCGGAACAAUAUUUGCAAAAGCUCUACUCAAGGUUAAAAGCACUCCAAAAAAACACUACCAAAAAAGAUCUUGUAUGCUCGUUAUCAGUAGCUAAAGAAGAGUGUAUUGCCCGUUUGAUAAACUCUGAACGUAAUUUUGAAUUAGAGGAAACUGAAUUAGUUUCCAAUCCAUUAAUACGCCAUAUAGUUCCUCAUUUACAGGCAUUGACACCGAGCGAACUGGUUCAUCUUUUAAAAGCUGACGUACUUCAAGUAGUUACAGAAGCCGUAGAAGAACAAGAAUCAACCGAUAAUAAUAAAUAAAUAAAUAUAUAUAUAUAUAUA